AUGGCCACGGCCGGUCAUGAGAUUGGUGACCCUUCCGACUGCCUGCGAGCCCAUUGGGGACAUGCCGAGUUUCGCUCUCUGCAGCGCGAGGCCGUCGAAGCCACGUUACAGGGAAGGGACGUCCUGGUCAUCCUUCCCACUGGCGGCGGCAAGUCGGUGACAUUCCAACUUCCGCCUCUGGUGGCUCGGGGGGUCACCAUAGUGAUCACGCCCCUCCUGGCCCUGGCCCGGGAUCAGGUGCAGGCCGCUCUGGACAGGGGCAUCGAGGCUGCCAUGUGGGCGGGGGACACGUCGGACACCGCCCGGGCUAGCAUCAGAUCCUCUGUGCUGGCCGGGAGGGGUGAUGAAGGGGGUCUGCGCCUCCUGUACACCACACCAGAGAGCCUCCGCACGCCCCCCAUGAGGGAGCUCUUGCAGGCUGCUCACGAGGAGGGCAGCCUGGUCUCCUUUGCCAUUGACGAGGCGCACUGCGUCAGCCAGUGGGGCCAUGACUUCCGGCCAGCCUACCUCGAGCUCGUCAACCUUCGCACGCUGUGUCCCGGAGUUCCCGUUAUCGCUGUCACCGCGACGGCAACCACACCCGUGCAAGCCGGGAUUAAAGAGUCUCUGGGCAUGCAGGACCCCAUCGUCUUCCAAGGCUCCUUCAAUCGUCCCAACAUCCAGUACUCGGUGCGGAGGAAGGAGGUCCUGGGCGACGGCUCCCGCGAAGCCCUACUCGCCGACCUUGUGGCCUGGCUGGCGCCGCGCGCCGGCCAGUCCGGCGUCAUCUACGCCCGGACGCGCGCCACCUGCGACUGGCUGGCAGGCGUGCUGGGGGACGCGGGGGUGGACGCCUCGUCCUACCACGCGGGCAAGGAUGCGCCGCGGCGCGCCGCCGUCCAGCGCGACUGGAUGGAGGGCGGCUGCCCCGUGGUGGUGGCCACCAUCGCCUUUGGCAUGGGCAUCGAUAAGGCCGACGUGCGCUGGGUGGUGCACUGGGAGGUGCCCAGCAGCCUGGAGGGGUUUUACCAGGAGUCAGGGAGAGCGGGGCGGGACGGCCUGCCCUGCUGCAGCCUGCUCUACGCCUCCGAUAAAGAGAUGCAGGAGGCUGCGCGCCUGGAAAGGGGGGAGCGGCGCGGAGCCAUGGCAGAGGUUGCCGCCAUCGUGCAGGGUGCCCGGUGCCGUCGGAAAGCCCUGCUGGCCUACUUUGGGGAGCGGCGGGGCACAUGCUGCACGCCCGCGCAGGGCGAGGAGUCGUGCGACGUUUGCACAGACGCGCAGGCGGUGCGUCGGAUGCUGGGGGCCGUGGAACGAAAGCUGGAGCGCACGGCGUGCCUGGCGGCCAGGGUCGCCGCGGCCAUGGCGGCGACGGCGGGAGGCUACGGAAACGUCGGGCAGACAGCGGUCGUAGACCCGAGCGGGUACGGCGGUCCAGUGGAGACGACAGGGUUCGGCGGAGUGGAACAGAGUGCCGCCCAGACCACUGAUGCGGGCGGCUUUGGGGGGGGUGCCGGUCCCGUCGCCGCGGAAGGUGGUGUGAUUGGCGGCGUCCCUCCUGCCAGCCUGCCGGUCAGCGAGGGCGGUCCAGCCCAUGAUGCUGGGGCGGAGAACCCCGGCCUCACCGCUGCACGUGAGGCCGGCGUGCCCGGCCAAGAGACCACUCCUGCGACGGGGGCCGACCUGCAGACCCAGCCUGGCGCGGGUACGGCCGGGGGUCCUGACGCUCAGAAGUCCAAGGGCUUCUGCGGCUGCUCUGUCAUGUAA